AUGGAGGACACUUACAAUAACAGGACUUCCCUGGCUAAGGGGGCCAAGGACAUAGUCAAGGAGGCCAAGCGGCAUGCGACAAAGAAAGUCAAUAAGGUGGUGGACCGCGCCACAGAUGAGUACUCAUCCCACCACAACUACAACCGAUUCCAGGAUGAGGAGGACGAAGAUGAGGAUUUCUACCGGAACCCCCCGAGGCAGGGCGGAGAGGGCAACCAUGACAACGAGGAGGGCUCCAGUGAUGCAACAGAGGGUCACGAUGACGAGGAUGAGAUCUACGAGGGCGAGUACCAGGGGAUCCCCUCGGAUAGGAAGCAAAAGGAGGGCCAGGUGGCACUGGGGCAACCGAUGUCAGAUGCCACAAGGGACCGUAAGGGGCUGGAGCAGGAGAGACAGGCUGAUGAGGAGGAGCUGGCCCAACAAUACGAGCUGAUUAUCCAGGAGUGUGGCCACGGGAGGUUCCAGUGGCAGCUGUUCCUGGUGCUCGGGCUGGCACUCAUGUCAGAUGGGGUGGAGGUGUUCGUGGUGGGCUUUGUGCUGCCCAGCGCAGAGACAGACAUGUGUGUGCCCAACUCCAGCUCGGGAUGGCUAGGCAGUAUUGUUUACCUGGGGAUGAUGGUUGGAGCGUUCUUCUGGGGAGGAAUGUCUGACAAAGUGGGCCGCAGACAGUGUCUCCUCAUCUGCAUGUCCACGAACGGCUUCUUCGCCUUCCUGUCAUCAUUUGUCCAGGGAUAUGGCGUCUUCCUCCUUUGCCGUAUCGUCGCAGGCUUUGGGAUAGGAGGUGCUGUGCCCAUCGUUUUCUCCUUCUUUGCAGAGGUGUUGUCCAGGGAGAAACGAGGAGAACACCUCAGCUGGUUGUGUAUGUUCUGGAUGAUUGGAGAGAUCUAUGCAUCUGCUAUGGCCUGGGCCAUCAUACCACACUAUGGUUGGAGCUUCAGUAUGGGUUCAGCGUACCAAUUUCACAGCUGGAGAGUGUUUGUGGUCGUCUGUGCCCUGCCCUGUGUGUGUGCUGUGGUGGCACUUACCUUCAUGCCCGAAAGUCCCAGGUUCUACCUUGAGGUGGGGAAGCAUGAUGAAGCCUGGAUGAUCCUCAAACAGAUCCACGACACCAACAUGAGAGCGCGUGGGCAACCGGAGAAAGUCUUCACCGUAAACAGGAUCAAGAUCCCCAAACAGAUGGAUGAACUGGUGGAAAUGGAGUCCGAGUCGGGCAAUCCAGUUUCCAAGUUUUUCUUUAGGAUAAAGGCUGAAAUACACGGGAUCUAUCUGAAUCUCAUGAAGUGCUUCAACUACCCUAUGCGAGAAAACAUGACGCGACUAGCCAUAGUGUGGUUCACGCUGUCGUUCGGGUAUUAUGGUCUGUCAGUCUGGUUCCCUGAUGUCAUCAAACACCUUCAGGCAGAUGAUUAUGCCUCCAAAGUGAAGCUACACAACAAUGAACGUAUUGAAGACUUCACCUUCAACUUCACUCUGGAGAACCAGAUACACAAAAAUGGCCUCUUCAUCAACGACCGAUUCAUCAAUAUGAAGCUGAAGUCCGUCACCUUCAUUGAGUCUACCUUUCGUAACUGCCACUUUGAUGAUGUGACAUCGGUGGGCUCUGUCUUCCGUAACUGCACUUUCAUUGAUGCUUUCUUCUUCAACACGGACAUUGAUGAAAGCAAGUUGAUAGAUGGCACAGAGUUAAUCAAUAGCACAUUCACCAACAACAAGAAAGGAUGCCAGAUGACGUUUGACGAUGACUACAGUGCCUACUGGGUGUACUUCAUUAACUUCCUGGGGACCCUGGCUGUUCUGCCCGGCAACAUUGUGUCCGCACUUCUCAUGGACAAAAUUGGCCGUCUGUCUAUGCUAGGUGGCUCCAUGGUCCUUUCAGGCAUCAGCUGUUUCUUCUUGUGGUUCGGCACCAGUGAGUCCAUGAUGAUUUUCAUGUUGUGCCUUUACAACGGCCUGAGCAUCUCUGCCUGGAACUCCCUGGAUGUGGUCACGACUGAGUCAUUCCCUACUGUCAGGAGAGGAACAGGCUUUGGGUUCUGCAACGCUCUGUGUAAGCUGGCUGCAGUCUUGGGGAACCUGAUUUUUGGUUCUCUUGUUGGCAUCACAAAGGCCAUCCCCAUCCUCAUGGCUUCUUCCGUGCUCGUCGGGGGAGGCCUGGUUGCACUCCGGUUGCCCGACACAAGGUCGAAUGUCCUCAUGUAACACCAGCUUGGCGCUCAUCAGCUGGGAUAAAACUUGGAUGAAACCCGGGUGAAUCCGAGAGGAAGCCCAGGGAGCGUUGAGCAAGGAGUGCAAAUGGCUUGGUUCACACAUAUCUUAACACUAUUAAUGACAUUUCGCUAAUGUACCUAAGGUAAAGCUGAAUAGCAACCCACCUUUCUCAGUGAGUUUACUUUUAUCAUAUAAACCAAAAUCAUAAAUAUUUAGUCAACGAUAAGCUCAGCCUUUUUGUGAAUAUAUUGUGUUGAGGUUUCACUUGACAGAGCUGAGAGUUUGCACAUGUUUUGGUGCGGAGACUUUGGUGGAGUUUUGUUGCAGUGACUGGUUGCCCCUUCCAGCUGCAGCCAUAACCUUGUGUGGAGUCACUGCAUGUUUAAAGCUUGAGGCUUUUAAUAUUGAUACAGUCUUAUUAAGAUGGGCCAGAUGGGGAGAAAAGUGAAAAACAAGCUGUAAUGAGCACAGCCAACCUUCUGUGUGACAACGUAGGGAAUAGAUGAUCAGACAGAGCGGACACACGACACAGCUGUAUGACAGCUGGCUUGCCCACAAGACUCGCGUCACACAGGACAUGUUGUAGACAGUGUGCAGAAAGUCAACAUAAAAAGCCACACAUAGAUAUACCGCACUUUAUGUGCAGUAUAUGUCUUAAAAUAGACUGAUACCCACAUAUACAACACUUUCUUUUCUACACUGUUUGCUUGACAUGCAUUUGCUCAGACAUCUGCAACCUUUUCAAAAUAAAUAAUUCACGUAUGACACCAAGCCCUUUGCAUCACCUACCCAACCCAAGAAUCAAAAAGGCCAUAUUGAAAAAAACUUUAUUUUCUUGUACCAAUAAUUGUAUGGUAGGUUGAAUCUGAGGCUGCUAAUUUUAUUUUCUGCUUAUGUUUUGUGUUAUUUUGGAAGUUGGAAUUAUUUAUUUGAUUCACAUGUUGGUACUUUGGUACAUGUUUUGUAGUAUUGUGCAAAGGCUCUUUGAGGAGCUCUCCUUCUGACUUAGCUUUGUGUUAUUGGAUCUUGCUUGUGGCAGUGACGUUGAUAAUGACAUGUCAUGCUGCUUCCUUUUAAAAAUACUGAAUGGCCUUUUUUUUAAAUGUGCCUCUCCUUAACUGGAGCAGUUUGCCCAUAGGCAUGUGGUGUUCAAAGGUUGUAAGGAACAGACAGAAGAUGAAUAGGAAGUACAUAGAUAAAAGAAUCAUGCUGUUGUUUGUGUAUAUAUGUUAAAUAUUAGGCCAAUACAGUAUUUUAUUAGGGUGUGAAUUCAUUUUGUGUCUAAACCUCAUGUCCUUUGUUAGACAUUCCUAUUUUUAUAAAACUUUUAUUUUGGUGAAAUAAGCUUCCUCUGCUCCCAGAAAAAAAAACAAUUGUUCCUAUAGGUAACAAUUAAUCAUAACAUGAUCAAGUGGUGUAAGUUACCGAGCAUGACUACAAAGUAAUAAUGUAAAUAACCACCUCUUUAUGAGGACUAAUUGGUGCCACCCAGGAUGAAAAUGUCUCCUAAGGAAACUUUUUGGCUUUUAUUUUUACUUUGUAUUUGAAAUAAUCUGGGAACAAUUCAACUCAAAUAAUGUUUACAUAUCUAUUACAUUCAAAGUGAAACAAAUAUAAAACCAGAUGAUACAUUUGAGCUCUGUCAUUUGUUGUGACCUACCAACAUUUUAGUCUAAAAGCUAAUUUUGCUAUAAUCUUACAUUUGAAAACAUGAUCCACCUUAUACUAGUUAUUAUGUACCUUAACUUUCAACAUUGGAACCUCAAAGCAUACUGCUAAAGAUAAUGAUAAAAAGACACGUUGCUACUUUCAAAGUUUUAAAAUACCUCUAAAAUUUUAAUUGAUAUUGACAUUCAGAUAAAUAUAUAUAUAGACUGUAUAUAUAUAUAUAUAUAUAUAUAUAUAUAUACACAACAUAACAAUU